CUCUCUCUCUCUUUUCAGAACAGAUCACCACUCUCUCUCUCUCUCUCUUUUCUACCUUCUCUCAUUCUUUCUCAAAAACAAGCUCCGGCGAUCACGAACCAAGCUCCACGACCCGUUCCUUUCUUCACCAGCCGAUCCACGAACCAAGCUCCGUGAUUUGAGUUCGGACUUGUCGUGAAUCGGCGGCGCAUGUGGGUUGUGGACCUGUGGUGUCGUGGUUUGGUGGUUGGGUGUCUUGCCGUCUGAGUUUUGGUGGUGGUCACGGUGGUGGUUUGAGAUAGAGUGAGAAGAGAGAGAAUGCCAGAAUGGAGAGUUAAAAAAUAAGGUCUGUUUAGUCUGUUUAGAGAUUAAGUUGUACUUGGGACCAAAUUGGUUAAUUCUGGAAGUUGUGGACCUGGUUGGCAUUACUCCAAACCUCAGGGUAGUAAGUGAAAUUUAUCCAAAAAGAAAAAAAGAAAAGAAGAAAAAACAAUUGAACUAUCUCGCAGUCAAGAAAGAGAGCACUCUGAUGGUUUCGCAGUUUCGCGCCUAAAACCUAAAACCCCAAACCCCACACGCCGUUUCCCUUCUCAACGGUUUUUAAUCAAACAUGAAUGUGCAAGCGCAAGCGCAAGCACAAGACAUGGUCUUCACUAAGCAGCCCUACAUCGAAGAUGUUGGCCCCCGCAAGAUACAAAGCAUGAACUUCAGCACGUUAUCCGAAUCGGAGAUCAGUAGAAUCGCCGAGGUUCAAGUAUAUAAAGGCCAGUAUUAUGAUGCAGCAAGAAUUCCUAUCGAAGGCGGCUUAUUGGAUCCACGAAUGGGCCCAAAUAAGGAAGGCAUAUGUGCAACAUGCCAUGGGAAAUUUGAUAGUUGUCCGGGACACUUUGGAUACAUAAAACUUGCCCUCCCAGUUUACAAUGUUGCAUAUAGGGAUAACAUUAUGAACAUUUUAAAGUGCAUUUGUAAGUCAUGUGCUCGCAUACUUUUGGUGGAGGACAUACGUAAAGAGUUUUUGAAGAAGAUGAGGAAUCCUAGAUUAGAGGCUCUGAAGAAGGCCGAAUUACUGAAAGAGAUUGUAAAAAAGUGCAAUAGCUUGACAGGUUCCAAGAAAGCAUUUAAGUGCUCAAGAUGCGGAUAUAUAAAUGCUUUGGUGAAGAAAGCUGGUCCUCCUAUCCUGGGCUUUAAUCAUGAGCGUCCAAACUCUAAUGAUGGAACUAUGGAGGAAUUUAGAUCAGCAAUCUCUCACACAAAAGAUUCUAAGACGGUCUUCAGUGCACCUACUUUUAAUCUUAACACUGUUGAUGUUCUUGCACUUUUUAAAAAGAUGGUGGAUGAGGAUUGUGAGUUGCUUUAUCUUUCUGAUAGACCAGAGAAACUCAUCAUGGAAAACAUCGCAGUACCUCCUGUACCUAUUCGUCCUUCUGUUAUCAUGAGUGGAUCUCAAAGCAAUGAAAACGACAUUACGGAGAGGUUAAAGCGAAUUAUUCAGGCAAAUGCUAGCCUUCGUCAGGAGUUAUUAGAAGCAAGCACUGCAUCCAAUCGUCUGGCUGGUUGGGAUGUUCUUCAACUUGAGGUUGCACAGUAUAUAAAUAGUGACGUUCAUGUUCCAUUAUCAAUGCAAGCUUCCAGGCCAUUAGGUGGCUUUUUUCAGCGCCUAAAGGGGAAGCAGGGGCGAUUUCGUGGGAAUUUGUCAGGGAAGCGUGUCGAAUAUACUGGCAGGACUGUUAUAUCACCUGACCCGAAUCUGAAAAUUACUGAGGUUGCAAUCCCCAUCCAAAUGGCUCGAAUCUUAUCUUAUCCUGAACGUGUUUCUCACCACAAUAUAGAGAAGUUGAGGCAACGUGUCAGUAAUGGCCGCGAUAAAUACCCUGGUGCACAAGUGGUCAUAAAUGCUGAUGGGAGUAAGAGGAUCCCAGUUUAUGGUGCUAAAAAGCAAAUUGCUGAUGCACUGAGAUAUGGUGAUAUAGUUCACCGUCAUUUAGAGGAUGGGGACAUUGUCCUUUUCAACAGACAGCCAAGCUUGCAUCGGAUGUCCAUCAUGUGUCAUAGGGCAAGAGUUAUGCCUUGGAGAACAUUGAGAUUCAAUGAAUCUGUGUGCAAUCCAUAUAAUGCUGAUUUUGAUGGUGAUGAGAUGAAUAUGCAUGUCCCACAAACAGAGGAGGCUCGAACAGAAGCUGUUAUGUUGAUGGGGGUGCAAAACAAUUUAUGUACACCAAAAAAUGGAGAGAUUUUGGUUGCUUCCACUCAAGAUUUUCUAACGUCUUCUUUUCUCAUAACAAGGAAGGACACGUUUUAUGACCGUGCAGCUUUUUCUCUUAUGUGUUCUUAUAUGGUGGAUGGCAUGGAUCCUGUUGAUUUGCCAACUCCUGCAAUACUUAAGCCAAUAGAGCUUUGGACUGGCAAGCAAUUAUUUAGUGUUUUAGUGAGGCCACAUGCAAAUGUGAGAGUCUAUGUAAAUCUUACUGUAAAGGAGAAAAGCUACACCAAGCCUAAUAAAGAAGGAGAAAGAGAAAAAGAAGCCAUGUGCCCUAAUGAUGGGUUUGUCUACUUCCGUAAUAGUGAGCUAUUAUCUGGACAGCUUGGGAAAGCCACUUUAGGAAACGGAAAUAAGGAUGGACUUUUCUCUGUUCUUCUUAGAGACUACAAAGCACAUGCUGCUGCUACAUGCAUGAAUCGUCUAGCUAAAUUGAGUGCGCGGUGGAUAGGUAACCAUGGGUUCUCAAUUGGGAUUGAUGAUGUCCAACCAAGUAAAUAUUUGAAUGAAAGGAGACUGGAAACAAUCUCUAGAGGUUAUCAAGGUUGCCAUGAGAAAAUAAAGUUUUACAAUGAAGGAAAGCUACCGCCUGAAACCGGAUGUGAUGCUGCUCAAACACUAGAGGCUGAGAUAACUAGAAUUUUAAAUAAUAUUCGAGACGAAACUGGCAAGGUCUGCAUGAAAGAAUUACAUUGGAGAAAUAGUCCUUUGAUUAUGUCCCAGUGCGGUUCCAAAGGAUCUCCUAUCAACAUCAGCCAAAUGAUUGCUUGUGUUGGCCAGCAAUCAGUUGGGGGUCGUCGUGCUCCUAAUGGGUUCAUAGAUCGGAGCCUUCCUCAUUUCCCUAGAAAAGCAAAAACACCUGCAGCCAAAGGCUUUGUUGCUAAUUCUUUCUAUAGUGGUUUGACAGCCACUGAAUUUUUUUUCCAUACAAUGGGAGGUCGAGAAGGCCUUGUGGAUACAGCGGUAAAAACGGCUGACACUGGAUACAUGUCACGAAGAUUGAUAAAAGCGCUUGAGGACCUAUCUAUCCAUUAUGAUGAUACAGUACGGAGUGCAAGUGGAUGUGUAGUUCAAUUUCGUUAUGGAGAUGAUGGCAUGGAUCCUGCAUAUAUGGAAGGAAAAAAUGGAGCUCCUUUGAAUUUUGACCGAUUGUUUUUGAAAGCCAAGGCUACAUGUCCUGCUGGAGGGAAUGCAUGUCUUUCUCCUUCUGAAGUGUCUGAAAGAGUGGAAAGCAGGCUUUCAGAGGAUGAUAUGACUCCUGAGGGUGGUUGUUCUGUGGCAUUUAAAAAUUCUUUCAAGUUUUUCUUGGAUGAAUAUGUAAAAUCUCUAACAAAAACAAGGGAGACAUUGGAAUCAGUUGAAAGUCUUGCUGGAGAGGAAAAUUCAGAAAUUCGGGAAAGAGUUAUCAAAAAUAUAUCUGGAGUUACCCCUAAACAGCUAGAGGUUUUCUUGAAUACCUGCAUCUCUCGUUAUCAUUUAAAAAAAAUAGAAGCUGGAACUGCAAUUGGAGCAAUUGGAGCUCAAAGUAUUGGAGAGCCAGGGACGCAGAUGACACUUAAAACUUUUCACUUUGCUGGAGUUGCAAGCAUGAACAUUACACUUGGAGUUCCUCGUAUCAAAGAAAUAAUAAAUGGAGCCAAAAAGAUCAGUACACCCAUCAUCACUGCAGCACUCAAGUCUGAUAAUAACGUGAAUACUGCCCGGAUGGUAAGAGGUCGAAUUCAGAAAACAAAUUUAGGCCAGGUUGCUAAGAGUAUAAAACUUGUAAUGACUUCAAGAUUAGCAUCAAUAAUUGUCACACUUGAUAUGGAGAGAAUUCGAGAUGCACAAUUGUGUAUUGAUGCUAAUAAUGUGAAAGAAUCAAUUAUACAAGCAAAAAUCAAAGUGAAGAACGAGCAUAUUACGAUUUUGGAUGGUGGGAAGUUGGAAAUUCGUCCUUCAGAAACCGAUAGAAGUAAAAUGCAUUUUCAUCUCCACUCUCUUAAAAAUGUGCUUCCAACAGUUAUAGUAAAGGGUUUAAAAAGUGUCGAGCGUGCCAUUAUUAAGAAAGAAGAAAAUAAAAAGAUGAAGACAAUCAAGUAUGGUCUUCUGGUAGAAGGCUCGGGUCUUCAAGAUGUUAUGGGCAUUGAAGGAGUAGAUGGUCGUAAAACCACAAGUAAUCAUGUCAUUGAAGUGCAGCAGACACUUGGCAUUGAAGCUGCAAGGAAGUGUAUUAUUGAGGAGAUAAAAUAUACAAUGGAAAGUCAUGGAAUGAACAUAGACAUUCGCCAUAUGAUGCUCUUAUCAGAUGUGAUGACAUUUAGGGGUGAAGUGCUUGGAAUCACAAGAUUUGGAAUCCAAAAAAUGGGCAAGAGUGUGUUGAUGCUGGCUUCAUUUGAGAGGACAACAGAUCACCUUGUCAAUGCUUCUGUAAAUGGUAGGGUUGACAGGAUUGAAGGAGUAAGUGAAUGCAUAAUCAUGGGUAUACCAAUGCAGAUAGGCACUGGAAUGCUCAAAGUUAGACAAAGAGUUAAUCUACCUUCGGAGCUGCAUUAUGGGUCAGAUCCAAUUCUAUGUUGAGUUCAAGUCCAAGUUGUGUACUGAGGAGUUUCAGUUGCGGGCAAAGGUCGUAAUUUUAAUGCUGAAACCAAAAACCUUGGAAAUAGACACUUUGCUCGGUAUUGUAAGAGCAUCUCCAAUAGGCUCUAUAAAGCCAAUUUUGGAGAGCAAAGACACAAAAAAUUACAUCCAACAGCCUCUCUAAACUCUAAAAUUUUUUUAGAGUUGCUACAGUAGCUCUCUCGAAGAGGAGAGCACUGUAGCAAUUACUAUAGCAACUCCAAACAUUUUUCUCUCUUUAAAUAAUCCACCGAUUGAAUAAAAAAUGAUUUUUUUAUCUUUCCUCCCUUUCUCUUUCUUCCCCACCCUCUCUCUCUAGCUUCUCAUCAGGAAAAAAUAAAAUAAAAUCUCCUUGCUUCUCAUUAGAAAACAAUGGGGAAGCAACUCUCUCUCACAAAAUCUACAUAGCUUUCUCUCACAAAACAAUUUGCCUAUCUUUUAACCCCCAAACAGUGACUCAACCACAUUUGAGGAAGAACAAAGAUCUAAGAACAUAGGCUCAACAACGGAAAUCAAUAACCAAAAUUUGAUUUCAUGGGUUUUGCAUCAUGUUUGAAUUUAUUGGUUUAUGCUAGAUUUGGUGAUUUUACAUGAUUUGCCAUUGCGAUUGUCUAGGUUUAGGUUUUGGACUUUUGGGUUCUUUUAUCUCAGUCUCUCUCAUUUACAUUUCUCUCUCACUCAAUUUCUUGAUCUCAUCUCUAUUUUGCUAUUUAAUUAAUCUUAUUAGAGUCAGUAAGCUAA